UUUCCACUUCCUUUCUCGACUCGUGCAUUGUUGCCUCGUGUUCAUCAAAAAUUUGUAUUUUUGGUUAAAUUUUGUUCCAAACAAAAAAAAAACUAAUUUUAAAAUGGCUGAACCACUCGAUUUGAAUACAGCUUUGCAAGAAGUUUUAAAAACCUCACUUACCCAUGAUGGUCUUGUAAAAGGUUUACAUCAGGCAACCAAAGCAUUAGAUAAACGUGAGGCUUUGCUUUGUGUUUUGGCUUCGAAUUGUGAUGAGCCAACAUAUAUUAAAUUGGUUGAAGCACUUUGUGCUGAACACAAUAUUGAUUUGGUUAAAGUUGAUGAUAAUAAAAAACUUGGUGAAUGGGCCGGUAUGUGUAAGAUUGAUAAAGAAGGUAAAGCCCGUAAAGUUGUUGGUUGUUCAUGUGUCGUGGUCAAAGAUUGGGUGGAAGCAACACCGGGUUUGAAUUUUUUGAGACAAUAUUUAAGCGAAAAAAAUGUCAAAGCUUAAUGUAUUUUGAACAGAAAAAAAACUUUUUUAUUAAUUUCAUCAUAAAAUAAAAAAUAUGAAUUAAUUUUAAAAGAAAAUUGAUUUCAUUUUUGCCAUCUAAUAUUGUCAAGAUGGUCGUGAUUG